GCUCGGUGCCCCGGUGCCGCCCGGUGCCCGGCGCGCGCGGCGCACGCGCGGAGCGGCGGGCGGGGAUCCCGGCCCCGCGUGCGCGUGACGUCGCCGCGUCUCGCGCCGCUCCGGGCCGGCGGCGGCCCCGGCUCUGUCCAAAAGUCAUCUCACAGCUUGAAACCCCUUCAGACGCCUCCCUGUGCCAGGCCCUGCUGGCUGCUUGGACUCAUUUUCAGGAGGAGAGUCCCCACUCAGCACAGCCGUGCUGCUCCCUCCUGCUCAGGCACCGAGCAACGGUGUUUUGGUGGCCACAGGUUCAGCAUGAAGCUCAACUAGAAGCACCAUGACCAUACGGGGAAAAGAUGCCCGUGGGGUUGGACACUCGCUAGCAGAGAGCUGAAGCCCCCAGCCUGUGCCCAGGAGAGCAGGAUGCGGGUCACCACGCGCAGGGUGCUGCUGCUGCUGGGCUCGGUGGCGGCCCUGAUGGUGACCCUGCACCUCGGGCAGCAGGUCCUGGAGUGCCAGCAGGUCCUGAGCGAGAGGAGGCACAGGCUGAUGAGGCCAGAGAACGAGGAGCUGGUGAUGGUGGACGCCAACCACGUGGAGUACCGCUACAGCAAGGACAUGCCCCUGAUCUUCAUCGGCGGCGUCCCCCGCAGCGGCACCACGCUGAUGAGGGCCAUGCUGGACGCCCACCCCGAGGUGCGCUGCGGGGAGGAGACCCGCAUCAUCCCCCGUGUGCUGGCCAUGCGCCAGGCCUGGUCCAAGUCUGGCCGCGAGAAGAUGCGGCUGGACGAGGCGGGGGUGACGGACCAGGUGCUGGACGCGGCCAUGCAGGCUUUCAUCCUGGAAGUGAUCGCCAAGCACGGCGAGCCCGCCAGGUACCUGUGCAACAAGGACCCCUUCACGCUGAAAUCCUCCGUGUACCUGUCCCGGCUGUUCCCCAACUCCAAGUUCCUGCUGAUGGUGCGGGACGGGCGCGCCUCGGUGCACUCCAUGAUCACGCGCAAGGUGACCAUCGCCGGCUUCGACCUGAACAGCUACCGGGACUGCCUGACCAAGUGGAACAAGGCCAUCGAGGUGAUGUACUCCCAGUGCCUGGAGAUUGGCCGCGCCCGCUGCCUGCCCGUCUACUACGAGCAGCUGGUGCUGCACCCCGAGCAGUCCAUGCAGAACAUCAUGAGGUUCCUGGACAUCUCCUGGAGCGACACGGUGCUGCACCACGAGGAGCUCAUCGGGAAGCCCGGUGGGGUGUCCCUUUCCAAGAUAGAGAGAUCAACAGACCAGGUGAUCAAGCCGGUGAACAUGGAGGCGUUAUCCAAAUGGAUUGGGCACAUCCCGGGGGAUGUGCUGCAGGACAUGGCCCACAUCGCCCCCAUGCUGGCCAGGCUGGGCUACGACCCCUACGCCAACCCCCCCAACUACGGCCACCCCGACCCCCUGGUUGUCAACAACACGCACAGGGUUUUAAAGGGGGAUUAUAAAACACCGGCCAAUCUCAAAGGUCACCUGCAGGUGACUCAGAACACGUCAUCUUCUCACUAAGAAAAUUAAUGAUUUCCAGAACGCUGCCAAUGGCCUGUUGUUGCCUGAGAAGGACGAAGUGUGCAGUGGGCCCGUGGAAAUCUGUUCUCCAAGCAUAUUGCUUGCUCCUACUGUUGCCAAAUGACUGCGCUCCAGGAAUGUAUUUGCAUUUAUUUGCAAAGGCCAAACAUGCUCCACGGCGGGAACUUCCCCGGCUGGUCCCAGCGCUCUGUGGGGAAUGCAGCUGUGGAAACCCGGGCUGGUGGCAGGACAUUACAUGUGCUGUGGCUGGAGGACUCCGUACAUCGCCUUUGUGUCUCGUGAUCUGUUCCCCGUUCCCGGUGUGGGGAACAGCCCUCCCAUCCCCGCUGUUCCGUAUUCCUGGGAUCGGGAAAGGCCACCCCGGUCCUGCUGUUCCCAACUCCCAGGGUCAGGAACUGCCGCCUGGCCCUGCAGAGCCUUUGUGGUGCGUGUGCCCUCCCACCUACCCCAUCCCCGACCCUGCAGAGGCUAUUGCAGAGUUAAUAUAUGCCCCCCUCCCCCCCCUAUCAACGGUGUCGGACACCAUUAAAGUGUUGAUUUGA